UUUGAAGACAAACAGCAUGAAGUUGAAAUCCCUUCUCCAACACAGAAAGAGAAAGAGAAAAAGAAGAGGCCUAUGUCCCAGAUCAGUGGAGUCAAAAAACUGAUGCACAGCUCCAGCCUAACUAAUUCCAGUAUUCCCAGAUUUGGAGUUAAAACAGACCAAGAAGAUGUUCUUGCCAAGGAACUAGAAAAUGUGAACAAAUGGGGCCUUCAGGUUUUCAGAGUAGCAGAGUUAUCUGGAAACAGACCUUUGACAGUCAUCAUGCACACCAUUUUUCAGGAACGGGACUUGUUAAAAACAUUUAAGAUUCCAGUAGACACUUUUAUAACUUACUUGAUGACCCUAGAAGACCAUUACCAUGCAGAUGUGGCAUAUCACAACAACAUACAUGCUGCAGAUGUUGUUCAGUCAACCCAUGUCCUGCUAUCAACCCCAGCGUUAGAGGCAGUGUUCACUGAUUUGGAGAUUCUUGCAGCAAUUUUUGCCAGUGCAAUACAUGAUGUAGAUCAUCCUGGGGUUUCAAACCAGUUUCUUAUCAACACAAAUUCUGAACUCGCCUUGAUGUACAAUGACUCAUCAGUACUGGAGAAUCAUCACUUAGCUGUGGGCUUCAAGCUGCUGCAGGAAGAAAACUGUGAUAUUUUCCAGAAUUUGACCAAAAAACAGAGGCAAUCAUUGAGGAAAAUGGUCAUUGACAUUGUACUUGCAACAGACAUGUCUAAGCAUAUGAAUCUAUUGGCUGAUUUAAAAACUAUGGUUGAAACCAAAAAAGUGACCAGUUCUGGUGUCCUACUUCUUGAUAACUAUUCAGACAGGAUUCAGGUUCUUCAGAAUAUGGUGCACUGUGCAGAUCUAAGCAAUCCAACCAAGCCACUCCAUCUCUACCGCCAAUGGACAGACAGAAUAAUGGAGGAAUUUUUCCGUCAGGGAGAUCGGGAAAGAGAGAGGGGAAUGGAGAUAAGUCCCAUGUGUGAUAAGCACAAUGCCUCUGUAGAAAAAUCACAGGUGGGUUUUAUAGACUACAUUGUUCAUCCAUUGUGGGAGACAUGGGCAGAUCUUGUUCACCCGGAUGCCCAGGAUAUCUUAGAUACACUGGAGGACAAUCGAGAAUGGUACCAGAGCACAAUCCCUCAAAGUCCCUCUCCAGCACCUGAUGACCAGGAAGAGGGCAGGCAGGGCCAAACUGAAAAAUUCCAGUUUGAACUAACACUGGAGGAAGAUGGUGAAUCAGACACCGAAAAGGACAGUGGAAGUCAAGUAGAAGAAGACACCAGCUGCAGUGACUCCAAGACUCUUUGCACCCAGGAUUCAGAAUCCACUGAAAUUCCUCUUGAUGAGCAAGUAGGGGAAGAAGUAGAAGAGGAGGAGAACCAAACUGAACCUUGUGUGGUAGAAGACCAUUCUCCUGAUACAUAACAAUGAAGACACAGUCUCUUUCUCUCUCGCCCUCUCCCUUUCUUUUCUUCUCUCUCUCUGUUCUUUAUUUGUUUGGUUGGUUUGUUUUGGUUUUUAUUGAGUAAUGGUUUCCAAAGUGAAUGUCAUAUUCUACAACCAUGGUCACAAUGCGCUGUCAUCUGCCAGGAUGUUUGUUGUUCAAAACUGACCUUGAUGACUCAGUUUGGCACUCAGGAAUACUGUAACCAGAAUUUUCACCUCCAU